UGUGUCCUCGAGUGCGUCUGUUGUUGCUGGUGCUGCUGCUGCUGUCUCUCUGCCUGUCUCUUUUGCUCUGGCAGCUGCGUGACUUUCCAUCAAGUAUCCCAUCAUACGAAAAAUACUUGAGAAACACAAUAAAUGUACUGGGCGAGACGCGUACCACGUUCGUCAAUGACCAGCAGGACUCUACCCUAACCUUUUUUUCGGUGCUGGCUUUUGUUUUGCUCCCUGUGUUUUUCUUUCUGGCUGUUGCCACAAUUUGGUGCCUUUUCGCCAUGUGCCGUCACAUGCCAUCGUGCUGAAUUUGGCCCGGUUUUGAUUUUUAUUGUCCCACGUUGCCCGUGGCCCGCCGUGCCACAGUUCCAAACUUUUGCAUAAAUAAUGCAAUGCGCCUAGAGGUGCCAUAAAAACUGGGCGAUUCAUUGAAACAUUGAGCCAGCUGAACCCGCAAAGGGCCCACAGAAAAUGGCCGGAAAUAUUGGGAUAACCGAAUGUCCAGCAGUUCGUCAGCGGUCUUUAAAAACGAUAAAACAGAUACAAAUCCAACAAUAAACUUGAAAAUAAUGGACAGUUCAAUUGAUGUAUAAUUCAUAACACACAAUUCGAUAAGAAUAAAGACAUUAAUUCAGAGAUAAAUAGUGGAUAUGAACGAUAAACCUGUGUGUGUGUGUGUGUGGUAGAAGCGAUUAACGUUGGAAGCACGGAUUUAUGGAAUCAAGGAUUUGAAGCGGAGAUAAAAGCGAGCAAAUAUUUCCAGAAACAUUUAAAAACACUAUAUUUUUUGCCCAAACAAAAGUGUGUGGCUUUGCGUGAAAUUAACAAAUAAUAACGAAAAGAGACAGAACGAGAGCUACAGCCAGAGAGGAGGAGGAAAAAGGAAAACUGUGAAAAGUGAAGUGUCAAGAAAAAGAAAUUGCGCCAAAGCAAACGCAUCAGAGGCCAAAACCGAAACCGAAACCGAAACUCAAACCGAACCCAAGCCAAGGAUCAAGUGGAGUCGCCGGGCGGCCGAUGAUGGGCCAGAACAAAGGAGCCACAGGAGCACCAGCCAGCUGCGGCCUGUUGAUGCGGCUGCUGUGCCUGGUGCUGGUGCUGAUGCUGCUCCUCCUGCAUCUUGCGGGCGAGGCACAUGCCACGCCGUCGCCCUCCUCCAUGCAGGCGCCGCAGAAGCGAGGUGGCAGUGGCAGUGGCGGUGGUGGCGGCGGCGGAGGCGGCGGCGCUGGUGGCGGGUCGGACAUAUCCAAGGAUCACUGCAACAAGACGGUGGACAUCUUCGAAGACAUCAGCUCGCCGGAGGUCAGCAAUCAGAAUGUGGGUCGACCGCUGACCUGCUGGUAUCGCUUCCGCACCCUCAAGGGGGCGCCGCGCGACUUUGUGCUGCGUCUGCGGUUCAAGAAAUUCAAAGUGGGUCAACUGCUGAAUGCGACCCACUGCGAGGGCGGAUAUUUACAGAUUGUUGACGGCAAUGCCAAGACGGAUGUCUCCAAUCGCCGGGAGCCGGGCAUGUUCUGCGGCGAGGCCGAGCAGCCCCAGACAUUCAUCAGCGAGACGAGCUAUGUGAAAGUGCUAUUCCACACGGACAACUUUACGGAUCAGACCUACUUCACAUUCGAUUCACGCGCGGAGCAGCAAACCGAAGUCUAUUUGCGAUAUGGCCAGCAUCCGGAGCUAUAUCCAAACCGUCGCGGCGAAGUGGUUCAAGGAUCCUAUUGUGAACGCGAAUAUCGGGACUGUCGUCUGCAGACUUGCUAUGUCCAAUCACCGGCCUAUCCUGGCCUGUAUCCCCGCGCUCUGAACUGUCGCUAUAAGCUGCACACCCGCCAGCCCUAUAUCAAGUUGUAUCUGCAAAACGAACAGUUUGCUGUGGAUGGUCAAAGAUGCGAGAACGUCAUGACCUGUCCGAUCAGGCCCAUAGGAUCGGGCAACGAGCACUGCCCCUUCGACUGGCUGGCGGUCUACGAUGGACGCGACGAGCACUCGCCGCUUAUAGGCAAGUUCUGUGGCCUCGGCAAGUUCCCAUUCAGCAUCAUUGGCACAUCACAAUAUAUGUAUGUGGAGUUUGUUACAUCGCCCGCGGGGCCGCUGCUGAAUACGGGCUUCCAUUUCAAUGUUGGCAACUGGCCAGGCCACGUGGAGACGGCCGGAAUUAAGCAUGGGGUCUGCGACUGGCUGCUGAGCUCCGACUCACUGAAGGACAGCAGCGCCAGCGAGGGCAUCUUCCUGAGCAUUGCCCACUGGUAUCCGCCGAAUACGUCCUGCAGCUAUCACAUCAAAGGACAUAUCGGGGAAAUUGUGCGGCUCUAUUUCCCUAGCUUCCGCAUCAAUCGCAUCGAGUCGCCGAUUCUGAAGUACGAGGGAGACUGCGGCGAAUCGCUGACGAUCUACGAUUCGGACCACGCCGAUCCCGCUCGGAUCAUCAAGACCUUCUGCGACACCUUCUCGCGGCCAAUGGAGAAGGUGGACUUUGUGAGCACCAGCCCCUCGCUGUACGUGCAGUUCGACUCGAAGACGGGCAGCUACAGCGGCAGCUCACUGUACUACUGGGCCCACUACGACUUCUUCAACAACACGCGCUUCGGCGACCCCGUUCCGAACACCCUGUGCGACGAGGUGAUGUACGCCUGGAAGCACCCGGGCGGACGCCUCCGGUCGCCCCUCAAUUCGCUGAUCUUCAAGCGCACGGGCGGCAGCGAUGUGCGGUGCCAGUACAAGUUCGUGACGGACAAGAGGCUGUACGCACGGGCCAUUAUCGAGGUGAAUUCGGUGUCCUUCAAGGAGCUGCCGUACAACAGCAACGCGUGCACCCGGUGCCACGAGGAGCGGGUGGACAAGCUGGUCAUCUGGGAGGAGCGGGACAAGUAUCAGAACAACCUCGCCUGCUUCUGCGACAACAUACCGCGGGCGGUGCGCGUCAUCUCGUCGGCGGACCAGAUGAACCUCGAGAUGAUCGUCCAGGGCCAGCACGCCAUCACCUCCUACUUCAAGAACCCCAAUCCGCUCUUCGAGGCCACCUACGAGUUCGCCCACGGUCCGCUGUGCGGCCCCAUCACCUUGGGGCCCUCGCCGGACGGGGAGCUGGUGUUCCCCUACAAGAAGGCCCUCGCGAUGGUGGCCGGACCGAUGGCUCCGCCCGAGCACCACUACCGCCGCGAGAAGUGCAUCUGGGAACUGAAGGUGGCCGCCCAGCGGGACCUGUGGCUCAAUCUGGAGAAGGCGCGCUUCGCCGACCGCAGCUGCGAGAGUGCCAAGAUCGAGGUGUAUCUGGCCGGUCGCCUGGAGCCGCGCUUCGUUGUCUGCCCGGAGAACAUAUCAAUGGCCCGGGACCUGCCCAUCCUGACCACGGCCGAGCUGGGGGCCACCGGGGCCGACCAGGAGCCACUGCCCGUGCUCAUCCAGUACACGGGCGACGGGCAGCCGGGACGCAACAUUUUCCGCCUGGUCUGGAGCGAGCUCUUCCACCUGCCGCGCAAUCCCGACGGCAGUCUGGCCGCCUCCCUCCUGCAGGACGCCGGCUGCGACUUCCGCUGCCCCGGCGACACAGAGGUCUGCAUACCCCGCCACCUGCUCUGCAACGGGGUGGCCAAUUGCCCCAACGUGACGCACUCCUCGACGCUCGACCAACUGACGCGUCACAUCGAGUGGAACCUCGAGCAGCUCGGUCUCCUCCACCACGCCGGCGAGUACCGCCAGCUGGUCCUGCACGACGAGUCGCCGGAGAUCUGUCUGCGACGGGACCUCAGCGAGCUGCCCUACGGCAAGCUCUCCCUCAUCGCCCUGGGCCUGUGCCUGAUGUUCGCCCUGCUCUUCGCCAUCUUGCGCCGGAUGUGCCGUCGGUCGCCCAAGCAGUCGGGGUUGCAUCAAUUGCACGAGGAUUACUAAAUGGACAGACAUUUUGACAGACAUUUCAGAUAUGAUAUUGACUUUCAGGGAGACUGGGCGUAUAAGGAGGGUGAUUGGGCAACAUCUCUGGAAGCUAACGAGAUGUGUUGCCAGUAGAGAAUCAACGAAACACUUUAGUGGCAAACAUUCAGAGUAGAUUUCGGUGCAGAAUUAAUUUGUUUUCCAGGUGUACUUUAAAGAUGUGUGGAUGCGCAUUAGAGAAGAUGCCAAAAGUAUUGUAUUUCCUUAAUUUAAUUUCAUAAUUUGUGGGUUCCAUUAGAGAUGAUAUGUUAGGUUUAGCUACAUUUUAGUAAAACAAAUAUCAAAGAUUUAGGUUACAUUUUAUUAAGAAAACACACAUCAAGUAAAACUCUUGUGACAACCAAGCAGAAAUUGCAAGAGCUACCAUCACUCUAAUGCACACUUUUCAUCCAUGGUACACUGCCAGAAACUCCCACAACAAUCUGCCAAUCGUUUCUGAAAGGGGGAAAAAGCCCAGCCCAAAUCCAAACCCUAUAUGUAAGUAAUUCUGACCGGUCGAGUCUAUAACUUUCCCUUUACGUGACAUCUAAUGAAUAUUAAUUGAAAAUAAUUGUACGAUAAAAACGAGGCGAAAAAAAUGCCCUUCAAACAUAUAAAUGUUUAAAAAACAAAGAAACACACAAAAACGGUAAAAAAAAAAAAAGAAAAUAUGAAAAUUGCCCUGAAUAAAUUAAUUAAAACAUGAGAAAUUGUCAUGUGAUAAUUGUUAAAAUGAGGAAUGUUGAAACAAAAAACCAAUACUUUCGAAAAGGCAUAAAGAAACUAGACUUUAAUUAAGGUAGACAGGUAAAAUGGCAAAACAUGGAAAAAAAAACAAACAAAAAACACAGAUAAACACGCAGAAAUUUAAUUCAACAUAUUAAUAACAAUUGUUGGUGGUUUUCUAUUAGCUAUUAUAUCUAUGAAUUAUAAUACGAGAGGCCAUUGUGUUAAUAUUGGCCAAUUGUCAAACAAAAACCACAAGGAAAAGCCACGAUUAUUUGGCCAUACAUACAUACAUAUACAUGCAUGAAUAUGUAUAUAAUGUACGAUAUACAAUAUAUUACAUUACAUAGGGUAUAUUUUUUGCACAUAGAUUUACAUAGAACAUAAUUGAAAGGAGAACCUUUCCCCCUCCCUUGCCAUCCCAGAACAACAGUGUAUUCCAUUUAGAUGUGUGUGUGUGUAAUUGCAAACAUUUUGUGAGGAAAUUCGGUGAAAUAUAACAUUUUCUUGCGCCCCCAGAAAUAAUGAAAAAUUGUAAAUUGAAAUGUGGAAAGGGUUUUUAGUAUUUAAGUCGGUAUAGGAAAGGGCAUUGCUGUCAUGUUCUUUUAUCAAGUUUUCCUUUUAUUCACCCCUCCACAACCACACACCCCACACGAUACGAAUCACACCCAACAUGCACCUUAAAGGUACAGUUUAACCCCGUGACAAUGCAACUUUUUCUUCAGCAAUGCCCGAAGAAGAAGCAAGAGUCAAAGAAAGGCAGAAGAAAGCCAGAUAUUAGGACACAUAUUUUAGUGUACAUCAGAAUUAAAUGUAUAAAUAAAACAAUAAAUGCGAAAUUAAAUAAUAAAUUGCGA